AUGGCUGCGGCGGGGACGUCGGGAUCGAGCCAGCCGGGUGCUCCAGGAAGGUGGUCUCUUCACGGCAAGACGGCUCUCGUCACCGGCGGCACCCGCGGGAUCGGGCGUGCGGUGGUGGAGGAACUUGCGGCGCUGGGGGCGGCCGUGCACACCUGCUCCCGGAAGGAGGCGGAGCUGGGCGAGCGCCUCAAGGAGUGGGAGGCCAGGGGCUUCCGCGUCACAACCUCCGUCUGCGACCUCUCCGUCCGGGAGCAGCGGGAGCGCCUGAUUGGCGACGUCGCCGAACGCUUCGGCGGCAAGCUCAACAUCCUCGUAAACAAUGUGGGGACAAACAUAAGGAAACCAACUACUGAAUAUUCCGCUGAAGAUUACUCUUUUUUGAUGGCCACUAAUCUUGAAUCUGCAUAUCAUCUUUGCCAACUUGCACAUCCUCUUCUAAAAGCAUCUGGCUUGGGCAGCAUUGUUUUCAUAUCAUCUGUCUGUGGAUUAGUAGCCGUAUUUAGCGGUACUCUAUAUGCCAUGACUAAAGGUGCCAUCAACCAGUUAACCAAGAACCUAGCAUGUGAAUGGGCAAAAGAUGGCAUAAGAACAAACUCUGUUGCUCCAUGGUACAUAACGACUUCGCUUACAGAAGGACUUUUGGCUAACAAGGAAUUUGAGGCCUCCGUUGUGAGUCGAACUCCACUGAGGCGUGUCGGAGAACCAGGAGAGGUAUCAUCGCUGGUUGCUUUUCUUUGCAUGCCUGGUUCCACUUACAUAACAGGCCAGACGAUCUCAGUGGAUGGAGGUAUGAGUGUCAAUGGGCUCUAUCCACAGGGCAUGUUGAAAUUCAUACUCUCUUCCAUCUAG